AAGUGGUGAAUGAUUGGCCACGCCUCUGUGCGCGAGGGGGCAGGCAGUAACGUGAACGUCGGGCGGCGGAGUCCGAUCGAAGGCGUACAGUCAGUGAGGAAACUACAGCAGGAGGAGAAGCAGUCUGUCGGUGUUACUUUGUGCAGUUUUCUCAGAACAUUCCCUUUAAAAUGGCGUAUCACAGUCCGUACAAAGCUCCCCCGCACAUCAGCGCUCCUCCGGACCAGGGCUUUCUGUGGAAUAUCUUUCAGAGGGUGGACAAGGACCGGAGUGGAGUGAUAUCAGACUCAGAACUUCAGCAGGCCUUAUCGAAUGGCACGUGGACUCCCUUCAACCCGGUGACGGUGCGCUCCAUCAUAUCCAUGUUCGACAGGGAAAACAAAGGCGGCGUGAACUUCAACGAGUUCGCCGGCGUGUGGAAGUACAUCACAGACUGGCAGAACAUCUUCAGGACCUACGACAGGGACAACUCCGGCUUCAUCGAUAAGAACGAGCUCAGGCAGGCGCUGACUGGAUUUGGUGAGCAGCAAAGCUAUCGUCUGUCAGAUCAGUUCUACGGCACGCUGAUAGAAAAGUUCGACCGCCAGAGGAAGGGACAGGUCGCCUUCGAUGACUUCAUCCAGUGCUGUAUUGUACUACAGAGGUUGACUGACGUGUUCAGGCGGUACGACACAGACCAGGAUGGCUGGAUCCAAGUUUCAUACGAACAGUAUUUAUCCAUGGUCUUCAACAUAGUAUAACGCACACGGAUCACCACAGAGGAGCACAACUGGACACAACUGUGCCAAAGCUACCGGCGCCUCCUGGAUGUCUGCCCUGGUGGAUACUGCAAGAUUUUUUUCUAAACCUAAUUGUUAGUUCUAGUUGUUUCACACAAAUUUAUAAAGAUAAACACAUCAAAAAAACUUCACGGAAGUACAGCUACAUUGCCUGAUGCAUUUGAAAAACGUCUUGUAGUGUUUUGUCCAAUGGCCGAUCUGACGUCUGCGUUGAGGUUGAGAAAUGUUAUGGACACACCCUGUCUGUCUGUCCGUCUGUCUGUCUGUCUGUCCGUCCGUCCGUCCGUUAUUAUUGACAAACUUUUUAAUGUCUUAACUUUGAUUGAUACAGUUAAAAAAAUAACUCUGUUGAGAGUGAAGAUGAUGCAUUGUAAAUAUGAUUUAAAAUGCACUGCAUGCUUUUCAGGGAGAUUUAGCCCCACGUUGAAGCAUGCUUUCCCUUUCUCUUGUCUUAUCCUCAGUCCUGUUCUGCUCAAAGCCAUGUUUACAAAGACGGUGAGAGCAGGUAAUGAUCUGCUUUGAGUUUCACUGACAUGCCAGCUUACAUGCCAUAUUUGUACAAACUUAUUUUUAACAGCUAACUCCUCAGAGGUUAGAACGUGUAAUUUUUGGUAGAGGGUCAGCAUAAUGCCUAUAGUAUGGCUUAUUUUUUGUGCAUGAUGCCUUAAAAUGUGUACAAAAAACACAAAAAGAGAAAUCUUUUAUUAAAAAAUUGCAAAUCUUU